UACGUCAUCAUUUCGAGUGAGAGUUGAGGCUCUCGAUCUCGUCAGUUCUUUAUUCAUUUGCGCAGGUUUUUCGACAUUUGUUCAAGUACACUUUUGACAGGGAUAUCUACACAUUGCUGAGUUAGCUACUAUACCUAAAAUAUAAUUCUGAAAUAUCACUGUUGGCGGAGAACAUGAGUGUUGAGGCGUACGGGCCGAGCUCGCAGACUCUCACGUUCCUGGACACCGAGGAAGCCGACUUGCUUGGAGCAGAUACCCAGGGUUCGGAAUAUGAGUUCACAGAUUUUACUCUACCGAGCCAGACUCAAACAGGCCAGACGCAGAGUCAGUUGGACAACCAGGUGAAUGGGCCUGAUGGAGUUCUGCAGAAUGGGGAAGACUCUGUUGUAAAAACAAGUCAACUCCUUGCAGAGUUGAACUUUGAAGAAGACGAGGAGGACACCUAUUAUACUAAAGACCUCCCAGUCCAUGCAUGCAGUUACUGUGGUAUUCACGAUCCGGCAUGCGUGGUGUAUUGCAACACCAGCAAGAAGUGGUUUUGCAAUGGACGCGGCAAUACGUCUGGCAGUCACAUUGUGAACCACCUGGUCAGAGCAAAGUCCAAGGAGGUGACUCUGCACAAGGACGGUCCUCUGGGGGAGACGGUGCUGGAGUGCUACAACUGUGGCUGUCGCAACGUCUUUCUCCUGGGGUUCAUCCCCGCCAAGGCCGACUCUGUGGUGGUACUGCUUUGCAGGCAGCCAUGUGCCAGUCAGAGCAGUCUGAAAGACAUCAACUGGGACAGCUCCCAGUGGCAGCCGCUGAUCCAGGACCGCUGCUUCCUCUCCUGGCUGGUGAAGAUCCCCUCAGAACAGGAACAGCUUCGGGCCCGCCAGAUCACCGCCCAGCAGAUCAAUAAGCUGGAGGAGCUCUGGAAGGAAAACCCCACAGCCACUCUGGAGGACCUUGAGAAGCCUGGCGUGGACGAGGAGCCUCAGCACGUGCUGCUGCGCUAUGAGGAUGCCUACCAGUACCAGAACAUAUUUGGCCCCCUGGUCAAACUGGAGGCCGACUACGAUAAGAAACUCAAAGAGUCCCAGACCCAAGACAAUAUAACUGUCAGGUGGGACUUGGGACUCAAUAAAAAGCGGAUUGCUUAUUUCAGCCUUCCCAAGACGGACUCAGGUGACAUGCGCUUGAUGCAGGGUGAUGAAAUUUGCCUGAGGUACAAGGGAGAUCUUGCCCCACUCUGGAAGGGUAUUGGACAUGUCAUCAAAGUACCAGACAACUAUGGUGACGAGAUAGCCAUCGAGCUGAGGAGCAGUGCUGGGGCUCCCGUGGAAGUACCACAUAACUUCCAGGUUGACUUUGUGUGGAAGUCCACCUCUUUUGACAGGAUGCAGAGUGCCCUGAAGACCUUUGCGGUGGACGAGACCUCUGUGUCCGGGUACAUCUACCACAAGCUGCUGGGUCACGAGGUGGAGGACGUGGUCAUCAAGUGUCAGCUGCCCAAACGCUUCACUGCCCAGGGCCUGCCUGACCUCAACCACUCACAGGUGUAUGCUGUGAAGACCGUGCUGCAGCGUCCUCUCAGUCUCAUUCAGGGGCCCCCUGGCACGGGGAAAACGGUCACAUCUGCCACUGUAGUCUACCACCUGGCCAGACAGGGCAACGGGCCAGUGCUGGUGUGUGCUCCCAGCAACAUCGCGGUGGACCAGCUGACUGAGAAGAUCCACAUGUCGGGCCUGAAGGUGGUGAGGCUCUGUGCCAAGAGCAGAGAGGCCAUCGACUCCCCCGUGUCCUUCCUGGCUCUGCACAACCAGAUCCGCAACAUGGACAGCAUACCAGAGCUUCAGAAGCUGCAGCAGCUGAAGGACGAGACUGGGGAGCUGUCCUCCUCUGAUGAGAAGCGAUACAGGGCCCUGAAGCGCACCGCCGAGAGGGAACUACUAACGAAUGCUGAUGUGAUCUGCUGUACCUGUGUGGGGGCAGGAGACCCCCGCCUGGCCAAGAUGCAGUUCCGCUCCAUCCUCAUUGAUGAGAGCACGCAGGCCACUGAGCCCGAGUGCAUGGUGCCUGUCAUACUGGGGGCCAAACAGCUGAUUCUGGUGGGAGACCACUGCCAGCUGGGUCCAGUAGUGAUGUGUAAGAAGGCAGCCAAAGCGGGCCUGUCCCAGUCCCUGUUUGAGCGUCUUGUGGUGCUGGGCAUCAGGCCCAUCCGUCUGCAGGUGCAGUACCGUAUGCACCCGGCCCUCAGCGCCUUCCCCUCCAACAUCUUCUACGAGGGCUCCCUGCAGAAUGGAGUCACCGCGGCUGACCGCAUCAAGAAAGGCUUUGACUUCCAGUGGCCACAGCCAGACAAGCCCAUGUUCUUCUAUGUGACCCAGGGCCAGGAGGAAAUCGCAAGCUCCGGAACCUCCUAUCUAAACAGGACUGAGGCUUCCAACGUGGAGAAGAUCACCACUAGGCUGCUAAAGGCCGGGGCCAAGCCUGACCAGAUAGGCAUCAUCACCCCCUACGAGGGCCAGAGGUCCUACCUGGUGCAGUACAUGCAGUUCAGUGGCUCUCUCCACACCAAGCUCUAUCAGGAGGUGGAGAUAGCCAGUGUCGAUGCCUUCCAGGGCAGAGAGAAGGACUUCAUCAUCCUGUCCUGUGUCAGAGCCAAUGAGCACCAGGGCAUCGGCUUCCUCAACGACCCACGACGUCUCAAUGUGGCUCUCACCAGGGCCAGGUAUGGGGUUAUCAUCGUGGGCAACCCCAAGGCCCUGUCCAAGCAGCCUCUGUGGAACCACCUUCUCAACUACUACAAGGAGCAGAAGGUCCUGGUGGAGGGACCCCUCAACAACCUGAGGGAGAGCCUCAUGCAGUUCAGCAAGCCUCGCAAGCUGGUCAACGCCGUCAACCCUGGGGGCCGUUUCAUGAGCACAGCCAUGUAUGAUGCCAGGGAAGCUCUUAUUCCUGGAUCUGUGUAUGACCGCAGCAGCACUGCACGUACAUCCAACAUGUACUUCCAGACCCACGACCAGAUUGGAAUGAUUGGCCCAGGCCCCAUGGCCUCUCUGAACAUCCCCAUCCCCUUCAACCUGGUCAUGCCUCCUCCAGGCUACCUGGGCCAGGUCAAUGGCCCCCAAGCAGGCCGUGGCGGAGGUAUGAAGGGUAAGGCGGGCGGAGGGGCACGAGGCGGGCGCCAGAGGAGCCGUGGUAUGGCGAGCCAUGGCGGGGGCAACGGGCAGCACGGCCACAUGACUGGCAGCCAGGCCAGCCAGGACCUGGGCUCCCAGCCCUUCUCCCAGGGACCCCUCACACAGGGCUACAUCACCAUGAGCCAGCCCUCCCAGAUGAGCCAGCCUGGCCUGUCCCAGCCUGAACUCUCCCAAGACAGCUACCUUGGUGAUGAGUUCAAGUCCCAGAUUGACGUGGCUCUCUCCCAAGACUCUACCUACCAGGGUGAACGAGCCUAUCAACAUGGCAUGACUGGACUGUCCCAGUACUAGAGUGUCGUGGGAAAAGGAGCUAAGCCUGUGCUGAGCUUAGUUCGCCUGCAUUUUAAUCUGGGUAAAAUCAAAAAAAGAAACAUGGAUACCCGUUUUCCACGGCUACAACUGAAGCACCACUGUGUGAAAGCAACAGGAGAGAGACCGAGAGAGACCAACCAAUCACAAGAGUGAGAGCAAAAUGGGGGUUGAGCUGGACAGGCCGAGCGAGCGAGUGGGAGGGAGGGAGAGAGGAGGCCCUGCUCGCACACAGAGACAUGGAGAAAAAGGAGAAGCAGCAUACGUCGGAAGUAGCGCCAUCGGAGAGACGGGACCUUCGGUGAUGAUUUGAGGGACGAAGGUUGUGAAUCCUCUUGGGGGACACAGGAGUCACAUCUCCCCGCCUCCCGGGACCACCAGUUAGUUGGCUGAGUUUCUUGCUCUUGGAGCAGAGAGACUGAGAAGAGGAGUUCUAACACAACCCUUCAAGCUCAAUCCACAAAACCGUCUCCUACCAGCCAGAGGGGGGAGGGGGGGGGGGUCAGUCGAUUUGGGAAAAUUUCUAACCUCAAAGUUGAACCGUGCUCUGCAUUUGAACAUGUUUGAGAGGGGGAGAGAGGAGAGGGCUCGUGCGGACCAAGAGGUCUUGGUGGAACAUCUCAAGCGGAAUCAAAUGGUGCAGGAGUCGGGAAAGGAUUCUGACCGUUCAUCUUUUUCAGCUUUGAGUUGGAAAGUUUUCUACACGAGGUCUGUCGUCGCAGAGGUUCUGAAAUAAGAAGCUUGUGAUUUUCGCUGGCUUUCCGCUUGGGUCUUUCUCAAGGUGGUCUACUAAGGAAAAGUGGUGGAAUGGCUCUUGGAAACUAUUAAAGGAAGACAUUAUUGUCUCGAGAUCCAAAGUGGUAGUUUGCGAGACAAGUUUUCAUUUUUUUCCUGCUGUGUAUUGUUCUGUAGUACAAAAAGAGUAAAAAGAAUAUCAUAACCAA